AUGCCCGCUGUCAAUCUCCCUCUGCAGCAGGCCCACGGUACCUUAUAUAUGGUACCGUGGACCCAUCUGCGGCUCUUGUUCACCUUCUUAGGAUUCACUUCCCUCGGUGUACUACUACUAGUGUUUAAGAGAUAUAAGUCACAUUCCCCAACCUACACUGGUCAGCUGGAUGCCAGCCCUACUACUCUUCAGAAACUUUGGAUUUCAGAGAAGUCACGCGGAAUCGUCUUCCAGAACGAGAUCAUGUCAGUGAAUCAGCCCUCAGGAGUCUCACAGCUGUCCUCAGCUGGGAACUUAAGUGAAGGGGAAAAGAAACAUCAUGAUAGGUCCAAAGACCGAGAAAGCAGCGAGGGGCAUCAGGGAGAUAUGACAGCUUCCGUGAGCAUAGACGCAGGCAUGCCGCUGAUCCUUAAAUCUGGCCCACCGCCGCCACCGCCGCUAACACCACCUACUCUCUUGACAGGGGUUUUUAGUUUUCAGGACCGCCGGCUAAGCAUUGCGGCUUCUAGCAUGGGCGAUCUGGAUACGAGCUUCUUCCAGCAGCCGAACCCGGAUUAUACAUUAUCACCCUCGCCGGAGUCCAGCACAACCGCGUUAGCCCACGGUCAAGAUUCUCCCUCUAUUCCAAGGAGAAGGUCUUACACAAAGAUGUUGCCUCUCGGACCAGCGCAUACAGACUCGGGACACGAUGGAGCAUCUUUCUCCCCUAGCUCAUUCCCAUCCUCGAGCCCAAUCUUACCCCUUGCGCCACAUGAAUCGCUCGAUUCUAGGGAGAUCGAUGUCAAGGGCGAGAUUAUCUCAGUAAUGGACGAUUCAGGCGCCGGUUGGAAGCGGCAUACGCGAGUAUACGGCGGAGGUGUUUGCUUAGCUUGCCUGGCUUCUGGGAGCCAGGGAGGAUUCUAUGGCGAUAAUGUUCCCCUCGAGCAUCGCCGUUAG